AUGUUGGUCUCUCCUCGCCACCUCUCGUUUUUCGGGAUAACGGCAUUCCUGCUCUUCCUCAUCGUCUCGUUGCACAAAUGGCGACCGCCAUCACAUUCGAUGGCUAGUGUACCACCACAUGCGCCUAGUCCUAGUCCUAGUCCUCCGGACGGCAAUGCCGCUACAGACAUCAAUCCCGUCGCGAGCGCCGGCAACUCAACUCUGGGUUUCCAAAAGAUCCUCGCUCUCUCCGCCGGGCCGUCCUGGCGAUCCCGAGGCCUACAAGCCGCCGCCGAACUGACUGGUCUCCAGAUCGAGAUCCCAGCCCAACCACCCAUCAACCCCGACCUCGUCAACGCCUACCAGACGAUGGGGCCAGCCUCGGUCGAGCACCCGACGCACGGCGCCAGCAUCGCCUGGCUCGCGCACCUCGACCUGAUCAAACACGUGCUGCAAUCCAACCUCGACACGGCGCUGAUCCUCGAAGACGACGUCGACUGGGACCGCGCCCUGCGCGAGCAAAUGGUGCGCACCGCCUCCGCUGUGCGCAAUCUCACGCAUCUCCCUCCGCACCAGGAAAGCGACGCGCCGUACGGCCGCGCCUGGGACGUGCUGUGGAUCGGGCACUGCGGCGAGUACUGGGACGAGGGGGUGGAGACGGUCGUCUUCGAGGACACGGGCGUGUGUCCGCACGACAAGUACUUCGGCUGGGCCGGACAGUACGUGUCGCGGCUGCCGGACCGCAAACGCGCGGUGUACUGGUCGUAUAAUCCGGUGUGUUCGUUUGCGUAUGGAAUGACGCGCGCGGGGGCGCGCAGGGUGCUGGAGCAGGUGGGCGGGUCGCAGGAUGAGAGUUUUGAUGUCGCCAUGAUGCAUGCGUGUCGGCAGCGCCGGCUGGAUUGCAUUUCCGUUGUGCCGGAGGUUGUCCACCAGUACUUCCCGGCGCAGAAGUAUGGCGUGCAGAGUCUGGUGGAUAUUGGGAAUGGGAAGGAGCCGGGGCCGGCGGAUGAGGUGUUUGAGAGCGUGAUGGGCUCGACGGAGAAUAUCUUGGAGAGCGCGCGGUGUUUUGCGCUGUGGGGGAAGACAUGUCUGAGAUCUUGA